AUGAGGCUGAUCGACGCCAAGCGCAUGAUUGACAGAGAUGAAAUCCUCCUUGUAGACAAGACCAAGCUUCACGAAGAGCCAUAUGCCAUUCUCUCGCACACAUGGGGUCGACAAGAUCUUGUCUGGAAACCAGACGGCACGCAGGUUCGCGGCGCCUGGGGUCACGACGACGAUGAGAUCCUUUUUGCGGACAUUGGUGAGGAUGACACCAAACAACUCAAGCCCGAUGCGUGGAAGAAGAUCCUGAAAGCCUGUGAAGUAGCACAGGAUCAGAAGUGCGAUUAUCUCUGGGUGGAUACUUGUUGUAUCAACCAACAGAAUCCGGCAGAGGUAGUCGAUAGCAUCAAUGCAAUGUUUUAUUGGUACCAGCAGUCGAAAGUUUGCCUCGCGUACUUGGCUGAUCUUGAAGCCGAAUCUGUACGAGGGCAGGGAGAAGAAGAACUGAAGGCCUGCCGUUGGUUUGGCAGGGGUUGGACGCUACAGGAAUUGAUAGCUCCCAAGAAGGUUGAAUUCUACAACGAAAAUUGGAAGAAUAUUGGAUCCAGAACCAUGCUUUCCGAUAUUUUGAGCCAGAUCACUGGUAUUAAUUGGAGAGUUUUGACUGGGGAUAAAUCUUAUCUGUCUUUCACGGUUGCCGAAAGGAUGAAGUGGGCAGCUCAGAGGAAGACGACCCGACCAGAAGACCGCGCAUAUAGUCUUCUCGGCCUGUUCGACGUUCACAUGAGUAAGCUCUACGGUGUUGGGGGGGGAAAAGGCAUUCCAGGCACUACAGAUGAAGAUCAUUCGCUACACGACGGACAUGACCGUAUUCGCCUGGAACCCCAGCAAGAGCCCCGACAAAAGUCCUGA